AGGUGAUGGUUCCAGAGGAGUCCAAAUGAUCAGUGUCAUCGGGCGUCGUGGUACAACGUUUCAUCCGUCCCUGACCAUGGAGCUCCUAUCCCUAUCCGAUGAUCCAGUUCGUGAGCAGGCUGAAACGACGCCCGAACACUUGAGGAACACCUCUGCGUCAACAACUUCAGCUCCGACAACGACGGAGUCAGCCAAGAAUUUCACCGCACCCUUUCUCAGAGAGGUUGCGAAGGAAGUUGCAGGUGAUUUGGCCUUGGAUGUUGAUGACGCCGAUCGAUUUGUCUCGAUACCAGCAGUGAAAGUGGCAAUGCAGAAGGCAAUUGCUGAAUUGGCGGAAGUCAAUACUACUGUCAAGGUGGACAUUACCAUACUGCAAGCCAUUUUAUUGGCAUUGUGGCGAAGGAGAGCAUCAGGCAAUGUCAACGUGGCCUAUUUGAUUGAGGGUUUGGAUUCCAGUUCGAGUUCCGCUUCGAGCAUUGCGCAAAGAAUCUCGAAACUGGACAUCAACACAGUUACGAGCGAGAUCCGUUCACAAUUGGAAGCUGCUGGCCUGAACUUUACUGUCAGAGCUGCCAGCUUGAGUGUAACAACUCUGCCAGUGAAUGAUGAUAGCCGUGCCGGUGCAAAUGGCACCGAGCAGCAGGUUGAUGUGAAGCUUCACAAGACCUCAAUUGAGGAUGCGACUCCUUCCGACGUCACAGACGGGAAGGUUGCAGCAACGCCAGGCAGUGAAGUUGUGGUGGAAAGCCCGCAGCAAGCAGCGCAAGCAACUGUGAGCAUGGCGGCUGCUGUUCAGGAGUCAAAGUCCGCAGUGAUGUCAGCAACUGCUGCAACUGCCCAAAGUGAUUCCACUGCAGCUGCCACCAGUGCCUCUACUGCCACCAGUGCCUCCACUGCCGAUGCCACCGGCGAGGUUCUUGAAACAAAGAGCAGUGCCAGAGGUGCUCAUGUAGCCUUCUGGAGUAUGUGCACAUUGCUAUGGGCCUUCCUGAGAAGCUAGAUCGCCAAAGGACCUUUGUCGAAAGACUUGUCAAAAAGGCCUUUUUCUCGAUGUGCUUAAAAAGACUUUCAAGCGGUGGAGGCCAUUGCUAGGUUGGAGGCCAUCGCUAGUAGGUCUGGAUGCUUUACACUUUUAAAAACACUUUCAAUGCGCUUUGUGCCUUUGAAGUAUCCGACGAAGUCAAGUCGGAGUACUGACUGUCCGACUGUCUCUAGCGUGCUGACUUUCGGACAUGCAGAGACUUAUCG